CCCCUCUGUGAUAACUCGAGCCCACCCCGCCGCGCGCAGCCCGCUUGGCGGUUCGCACAACUCGAUCUCCAAGUUGGAAAGAGUCCGCUCCUCCCAAACUUUGCAAACCUUUGUAGCUUCCCUGCAACCACACUGAUAGCUCGCCUCUGAUUGCUGCAAAGGGAGUUGACGAGUGAAUGCUUGUUACCCUUAAGGAUUUUUUUUUUUUUUUUGGUGAUUUAUUCUUAACAGUAUUUAUCCUGCGAGUCAUGUAUUUUGACCUGUAAUGUCAGCAGAUCAGGAUAAAGACGCCCUCUCUCUUAAAAGAAACAGAGGUGGAGAUGGUGGGUUUGAAGGCUUAGGAGCGCCAGGCAUACAUCUGGGAAGCCCUGAUAAGAAAAAACGCAAGACAAAUGCACAGGUCAACACUUUCUCCCCUCUUUCUGAAUAUGCUCCACCGGUAAACCUAAGUACUGAUCACCUGGUGGCCGCAAACCCUUUUGAUGACAACUAUAAUUCUACAUCCUACAAACCUCUGCCUUCUGGAAGUCCAUAUUUUAGCAAUCUUAAUUACACAGGUUUUGGUGGAUAUAAUACUCUGAGAAUGGCUCCCAACAUGCCUCAGAGAAUGCCUUCACCCUACGGAGGGUCAUACCCAGCAAGAAACCCACACCCCACAUUUGCCCAACAUCAACUAGGUAUGGGAUUUAAAAGACCUCAUGGUUUUGGUUUUAUUCCCCAUGAUAAUCCAAACUUGGCUGGACAACCACUUUUCAACAACAUGAACCCGGGCAUCAACUUUCCACUAAAUCAUCCUUUCAGGCAUAGUCCUGGAGAAUCUUUCAGCCAGUUACCAACACAAAAUAUGAAUCAGAAUCCAAACUCAGACAUGGCAUCUCAUUUUGGGCCAGAAAUGAACGCAAACCUGAAUACCCCAAUCGGGCCUGAUGUGGAAACAAACCACAGCUACAUUCAGCCUCCUAACAAUUUCAGUCACACCAGCACCCUUCCACCAAAGCAAGACUUCAGCCAGGGGCCAAACAAAAGUCGUCGCCUAGCAAGCCAUCAGCAUGGUCAGUGCCCUGAGGAGAAUUUAAACCAAGAAGGUGCUGAGCUGAAAAACAAUAUUAGAAACAGUUCUUAUGCCCAAGAAAGCAAUCAUACAGCAAAAACAACAGACAACAUAAAUAGCUCUCACCCAAACAAUGGUGCAAAAAGUAAUUCUGGCCAGUCUCACACUGCUGUGGAAGUUGGUUUUACAAAGAGAAGCAGCAACAAAACAGCAGCUCUGCCUAAUCGACUGAGCCAUUCCUCUUCUGACCCCAUUUACCCCUGUGGAAUCUGCAUGAAUGAAGUCAAUGAUGAUCAGGAAGCCAUCUUAUGUGAGGCGUCAUGCCAGAAAUGGUUUCACAGAGUUUGCACUGGCAUGACUGAGACCGCAUACAACCUCCUGACUGCAGAAGCCUCAGCAGUGUGGGCAUGUGAUACAUGCAUGGAGAACAAGGAGUUGCAGCUUCUGAGAUCAAAAGAAUAUACAGACCAAGAAGCAAUAAGCAAAGAUGGCUAAAAUCAAUCACAAGGAAUUUUAAUUACCUUUUCUCCAGGUAGUAGAGUGUUUUAUAAGAAAGAGGGGAAUAAAAUUAACUUAAUAAAGUUCUGUAUUUUCUGGGUGUGCAUUUCUAGUAAAAGCUGCCUACAAAAGUAGAAAAUUCUGCUCAGUAGGUACAACUUGUAAUGAGUUGAUUCAGUCAAAAUCCAGUGGAGUAGUGAUUUCAUCUUGACUUAAGAAAAGAAUGUAAACUGCUAGGGAUGAGCUAUAGCUUUUAAUUUUGCAUCAGUCACAUAGUAAUAGGAAGAGUGACAUAGAAUACUUCUGCAUGAACAAAGUUGUGUGUUUAAUCCGUGAUUGGAUUGUUCAUGUUAGGCACAGACAACAAACACAGUGUCAUUGUCAUCAGUAUUUGAAAUCUGCUGGUAUAGUACCGUGAUGAGAAUGGAUUGGUUCCUUCAAAGUGACAUUCUUUUAGUCCUGGAGAUGUUUGAAAAAUCACCCAAUUGACUUGCCACUAUGCACAUAAUAAUUCAAAAUGCAGUUGUAGAGGUGUGGUUGUGGGCUUAGCUGGAUAUCUGAACUUUAGGUAGGUGGGGAUCUUUACUGACAGUAUAUAGGAAUUGCAGAGAUUUUGUAAGUAUUUAAAUAUCCCAUUUAAUCCACCCAGUUGCUGUUUUCUCCAGUGUAUAAGUAGUGCAAGAAAACUCUGGUUUAUACCCAUUUAGUACAUACAGUUUAUAAAAUCGUUAUCUUUGUUCACAUUAUUGUAUAUUACAUCUACCUCAGUGCACAAGAGGUUAUUUAAAAUUAUUUCAGUGCUAAAAAGUAUUUUGGCUAAUCUUAUCAGGUUCAUAAAUAUUUCUGCUAGACUAUUUUUGAGAUAUCUUUUUCUUUAGGUAAUCCUCUCGCUUUCUUACUGAAAGUUUUUUAAUCUUGAGCAAUAUGUUCCUUUGGUUCUAGAAACUGAUAUCUUGUAAAUAAGACAGAGAAUAUGCAAAAGAUUAGAGCAUACAAAGAUCAGGCUAUAAUUUUCUUUAAGACUGGAGAUAGAAUGAUAUUGAAUUUAUAGCAGAGAUUUUAAAAACCUUAGAAUGGUGUACUAUCAAAACACAUCCGCAAAUGUCAUAUUUACAGCCAAAAAACCUAGCAGAUUGUUUGGUCAAAAUAAAUGUAAGGGUAAUGGUAAAUAGUUUUUAAAUAUAUAUUGUCUGUGUAUGUACAUAUAAUAAAAUUUUUUCAACACAAAAUUAAAUCAUAUAAUUAGUUUAGUGGCUAAUAGAUAUCCAUUGGUGGACUGUCUAAAUUGUAUUAUCCUGUCAGAUCUAAUCCCACACAGAAUUUAAUCUCUUAAAAUUACAUUUCCUUUUUGCUGCUGAGACAAUCAAGAAAAGAUGGAACUGAUAGGAUGUAUUCAAUUCUGAAGCCACUGAGCCAGUUUAAACUUCAUUGAAACAGAAGUAUAAGCAUGUGCGUGCAUAAUCGAAAUCUGUAACUGGCCGCACUAAUACUUCAGCUUGUGUAAAAAGUAAAUGAAACAAUCGAUGUUUCCAAUUUAUAAAUGAAGCAUUGUGGAACUCAUUCCUCCUUUUUUCUGGAACAGCAAAAGAAAGAGAGGCCGUUACCAAAUCUUUGUGUUUCAGGGACUUGACAUCACAUUUUUAGCUUCUUUCUAAUUGGCUUUUUAUUAUUGUAUAGCCUAAUUAAAAUAUUUUGCAGUGGGUAUUUUCAAAAUUCAUUACCAAAAUCAAAGCAUUCACUUACCGCAUAUAAAGGAUUGCAUCUUAUUGGUACUAUAGCAGACAGAAUCGUGCAUGUGGCCUUCCUGAAGGUAUAUGUUCAGUGAUUUGCUGCAAUGUGUACAACAGCAGUUACAGUUUUAACAUGAUUGGUAACUGUGUAAUCCUGGACAGGGUGGGGUGCCUUACAUUUGGAAUUUACAUAUUUAAAUGGGUUUGGGUUUACGCUUGAUUGAUUGCCAUUUCAUUAGUAACCAGACAUUGACUGGCAACCCAUCUAGGGCAGGUUCCCUAGACUGGCUGAAGAAGAGAAAAACAGCCUCUUGUUUUUGAUUUUUUUUUUUUGUAAACAUAGAGUGAAAUAUAUAAUUAUAAAAACAAUUUGAGUUAUUAAAGAAACUUUAUCAACAUGAUUUUACAAAUAAUGAUUGGCAGGUUUGGAAAAUGAAUGGUUAGUAUACUUUCAAGUAUCAACUCUCUAUUCUGAAUGCCAUAACCUUAUUAAGUUUAUCUUAUCUGAAGAAGAAUUUUUUUUAUAUGUGAAGUGGCCUCUACCUUUCUGUACAAGUCAGCAUCUUGACAGAAAUUUAUACAGUUUUUAUUGUGGAUGUGAAUUGACUGUUAGAUUAGAAAAAAAUAGUUUACAUGAAAAAUGGGAAUAAUUCUGCUAGCUCCAUGAAGAGGACUAAUUUUAUCUUUUCACUAUCAAUAGUAUGCAUUAUAUUUUCUUUUUCAAGCUUAUCUUAUUCUAUAAUCUUGUGUGUUAACAGUUAGUCAUUUAUGCAUAAAAGUAUGACUGUUUGUGCAUUUGUUUCCAUGUUGUGCCAAUUUUUAAUUAUAGCUUUUUCCUUAAGGUGUGCUUUGCUUAACAUUUUCUUGUAAAGCAGUCUUUUGAAUAAUUUCUUGCAGGUACUGGAGUGACAUAUAUUAUGGAUGAGUAGACUGUUUACUUAUUUGUCCAACAUAUUUGACAGUUCAGAUUCAAGCCAUAAAAAUCAUUGAAAAUAAUUAAAAAAAUUGUGUGUGUAUGCUUAUAUAUAGGGUGCCAGGAUUAAAAGGGGCAAAAAGUUUGGGAGAAAUAGGUGGCAAACCUGGUACGGACUAAAUUUCAUUAGAAGCAAGGUAAUCAAGGCACCCCACAGUGUGGGUAGAUAGAGUGCCCUGUUUAUCCUUGGUACUGCCUUGCCAGGCUGGCACUUUGUGACUAUUAUGUGUGCAUGCACACACAUACAUGUAUACUGUAAACGUGAAAAGAUUUCAAAAAUAGAUAUCUGCAUAUAUAUAUAUAUAUAUAUAUAUAUAUAUAUAUAAUGUGUGUGUGUAUAUAUAUAAAAUAUAUACACACACAUAUAUAUAAAUACAUGUUUACUGUAUCCUUUGUCAGAAUGUGCCCAUUAUGCCAGGAUGAACAAUGAACAACUGUCCAAUUCAUUAGGUCUGGUAGGAUGUAUACAGCAAGUGCUUCCUUCAUGAAUCUUUUUUUGAUAUUAGUAAGUUUGCAUAACCUCUUUCAUAUUACCUGUUAAUGAUGGAAGAGUAGCUUUGAUGAAUGUUGAAACAUUUUGGAUCAAUAGGUGAAUAAAUGUCUGAUAUGUUGUCAAAGUAGAGCUAAACUUAAAAGAUGUAAAAUGUUUUUACCACAUGGCUGUGUACUGUAAAUGUGUGAUAAUUGGCACAUGUUUUCUGUGCUUUGUCAUGCAUAAAUACUGUAUGUUUGUGUCAGAGCUUUUUUUUUUUUUACUAAGACAAGAAUGUAUUUUUGUUCCUGUAUAUAUUUAUAGCCUUUUUAAGUUUUAUAGACUUGCCUAUUAAUAAUGUCCCAUGAAGGGAGGAUUGUAUCCAGCAGUCCAGAGAGAGGCUUGGACUCCCUAUGACUCUUUGGCUAAACAGGUUAGAAAACAGAUGGAUGAAUGGCCGUUUGUAAGCCACAAAAUUAAUUUAUUUGGACCAUUUAACAUCCAUUGCAUACUAUAAUAUUAUUCCACUGCAGCAAAAGUUUUAAUAAAUGAAUGAAAAGACACUUUUAGCUAAUAAUUGUGAUCUUCAGUACAAGGAUUGUCGCAUAUUGUAAAAAAUGAAGAGACAAGCUAAAAACACUUAAACCUUAUGUAUGUGCUAUUAACAUACCAUAUUUUGCCAAUACUUUAAUAUGUGUGUAUAACGUAUCAGAUCUGUUCCACAUUGGUGACAUCAUUUAAAAAUAUAUUUCUGAGGCUAUACAGUGAAAAUGUAGUAGGCCAUGAAAAUGUAAAUGUGUGUAAUUCAAAUUGAAAAUAUUUGCAAAAUUCCUGUUUCUUCACUGUACUGAGCUAAAUUACUAUGUAAUAAAGAACGGAAUAAAUAUUGAAUUUUGUGUUUUAAA